AUGGACGUUUUCGAAUUCGUUGACCCGUUGAGAAAAAGAAAAUUAACGAACAACUUAUUUGAUUUCGACAAAUAUGUGUAUAAAGAGAAGCUGGACGAAGCAGAGGAAAAGAAAAGCGACGAGCGUGUUUUGAAAAAGAAAAAAAAAAAAAAAUUGAGAAGAGUACUGGACAGCUCGAACAGUGUAGCGGAAAAUGAGAAGGAAGGAGGCUUCAAGAAUAACAAGAAAAGAAAUAGUGAAAUAAAAGGAGAAAAAACAGAGUUAAAUGGGCUAAACGGAAUUAGCGGAAUGAGCAGAAUGAGUGGACGAAAUGAAGCGAAGGAGGACACACUCAAAAAGGAGUAUGAUGGAGAAAGUCAGGUCUCUUCGUAUUUGAAGGAGAAUGAUCUUAUAACAUCGAAUGAAAAAGAAAUUGAGGAAUAUAAGAAUAACUUAAAGGUGUUAUUUGAGUGCAUAUUUAUAUCUAUAAAGAUAAAAAAUAAAAUUAUUGAAUAUUUUACAGCCAAUGAAAGAGAGAAAAGACAAGAUAUAAUAAAAGAAUUUGUAAAAGGGUCUUUCCGAAUAAGCAAUUAUGAUGCAAAUUUUGAAGAUUUUGAAAAACAUGUUGAUACGUUUCAUAAGUUAAAGAAUUAUCAAAAAUGUGGUGUUUUUUGGUUAUAUAUAUUAUAUAAAGAAAAAAAAAAUGGAAUCUUAGCUGAUGAAAUGGGAUUAGGAAAAACAGCACAGACUUGUGUAUUUUUAGAUUACAUGUACAGGACAGGAGAAUUACAAAAUAAAACGAUUAUUGUAGCACCAACUAGUUUGUUAAAAAAUUGGAAUAAUGAAAUAAAUAUGUGGUGUCCUUAUUUAAGAAAUCAUAAAAUAAUAUAUUAUGGAAGUCAGAAUGAGAGGAAAUAUUUAGCAUAUGAUAUUUUUACAAAUAAGACAAAUAAUAUACAUUUAAUUGUUACUAGUAUUAAUAUGCUUAUAGGUAAGAAUGAUGUUUCCUAUUUUCGACAAAUAAAAAAAUAUGAUUAUCUAAUAUUUGAUGAAGCCCACUUUUUGAAAAAUAAAAAUUCUUUAAUAUAUAAAAAAUUACAAAAAAAAAUUGUUUUUAAUAAUAAAAUAUUAUUAACAGGGUCACCUAUACAAAACAAGACACAAGAAUUGAUGAAUCUACUUUUGUUUCUAAUGCCAGAUAUAUUUACGGAAGAAAAUAUAAAUAAUGCCUUGAGUGCAUUUGUAAAAAUGUAUCAAGAUACUGUGAAUAAGAAGGACGGAGAGGAGCAGGCCAUAUCCGAAAGCACUCCACUGCGGAGCGACAAACUAUUUGAUAUAUAUGAUAUAAAGUCGGAGCGAGAUAGGGGAAGUACAGUGAAUGCGCAAUAUGCGGAAAAGCAGGUGGACGACAGGGGAAGCGAUGCAGGUGUAUACCUGACAGAAGAGACGAGCAAUAUUAUAAAAAAUUAUUUAAUCGAAAUUAUAAGAAACGAUGUAAAGCAUGUGGAGUUGAAGAAUAAGGAAAUAAUUUUAUUGCAACUUAUUAUAGAGCCAUAUAUUUUGAGAAGGUCGAAAAAACAUGUUUUCAUUGAUAUGCCUAAAAAACAUAGUGUUAUUAUAAAGUUACCAUUAAACUGUACACAAAUGAAUUUAUAUAAAGAUGAAAUAUUUUCAAAACUACAACAUACGCACAAGCAUCUUGAGUUUUUACAAAAGCAUUCAAGUAAAAGUGAACUGGAAAGGAUAAGCACCAUUCUGGAGAAGAAAGGAACUCAUAAGGGGGAUAAAGGAUUGGUGGAUGGAACAGGCAAUAAAGAAGCACUUAGCAUCGAUGUGGUAGUUAAGAAGCAGUCUAUUAAUGAAGCCGAUUCAUGUAACAACGGUCCGGAAAAGGGAAAUAGUGUUAGCGGGGAUGAUAUUGGCAAGAACGAUAUAAGCAGCAUGGAUCAUAUCGGAAAUAAUGAUAUGGGGAACGACGUUGACGAUGAUGACGAUGAUGAUGACAAGAUAGACGAGGAAACAAUAAACAUCGAACGAGCAGAGGAGGAGGAAAACAAGGAAAGUAAUAUAAUUAUUAAUAAGAGAGACGAUGAAUUAGUGCAAGAAGGUCUUACCACAGCUGGUAAAGAAGUGCGUGGAAAGAUGAUUAACGCCUCUAUAUUUAUUCUUCGCCGAAUAUGUAAUCAUCCAUUAUUACAUAAAUAUUACUACUCAGUAGAAGACAUAAAAAAUAUAUCCAAAUAUUUUUAUAACAACACAGAUCAAUAUAUAGAUUUAGAUUUAAAAACAGUAGAAAAUGAAUUUAUGAAAAUAUCAGAUUUUGAUAUCCAUUUAUCUAUUAAACAUUUAAUAUCACAAGGAGAUACAAAUUUAAAUAAAUAUUUAAUAGCAAAGGAGCAUAUUUUAAAUAGUACCAAAAUUCAUCAUAUGAUUUGUCUUAUUAGAGAAAUAAGACAAAAAAGAGAAAAAGUGUUAAUCUUCUCGCAGUUUACCACCUUCCUUGACAUAAUUGAAGAGGCUUUACUAUAUGAGUUUAUUUAUGAUGAACAAGAUUUCAAAAAUCAUUUGCAAUGCUUGAGGAGUACGCAGAGUGUUAGCAAGAACGAGCCUGGUGAAGGUAGUAAAGCUGUGGAGAGGGCGGGAGAUGGAGCAGCCCAAGAUGGAGUAACAGAAGGAGGAUUGUUAAUAGCGGAGGACUUGGACAAUACGGAAGAGAAAGAAAAUUCCAUUAAAAACAAAGAUCUAAAUAACGAUUAUAACAAAAGUGAAGAAAAGGAUUGUUGUUUUUCUUCAACUACAACAUCGACGUCUUUUACAUCUGAUAAUAAGACGAGAAAUCAAAUCUAUGUUAGACUGGAUGGUUCAACUAAUACUAUUGAAAGACAAAAAAUUAUAAAGCGUUUUUCAAAAAGCGAAAAUGUUUUUAUCUUUUUGCUGUCUACCAAGGCCGGGGGCGUAGGCCUCAACUUGAUUGCCGCCAACCACGUUAUUCUCAUGGAUCAGGACUGGAAUCCACACAACGAUAGACAAGCGGAGGAUAGAGUCCACAGGCUGGGUAAAGCAAACAGUGCAUAUUGUGUUUGUUUGAUUUAUAAUAUAUGUAUUUCAUUGCCAGAAAAACGAAGUUUACAUAUACAGGUUGUGCUGCAAGAACACCAUCGAAGAGAGCAUACUGAAGCAAAAUUACAUCUUGAUCAAGCUUUUGGCGGAAACAGCGAUUUGCUACAAAGUGCUUUGAUAAAGGAUGCAUUAAACGCAGUCGAUAUGAAAUAA